GUUCUCAUUUCGUGCCUAUUUUGUUCCCUUUUUGUCAGCAGUUCAGUUGUUCGGGAGUGGUAAAAGUCAUCCCAUGAAUGAUGGCAACGGUCUUCCUACUUCUGGGAAUUUGAAGGCGGAUGAGAUCGGUGGAACAUCACAAAGCUCCUCUUACAUUGGUCAUCUACCAACAUAUUCAAUGCUAGUUCCUCAGCCUCACACUUCUGACAUGAGUGCUUUUCCACCUGAGAAAGAGUUGUGUAAAUCAGUGCUGUCUGCAGUUUCUUCCAAAGAGGACUUAUCUGUUCAGUCAGCUGACAUGACAUGCUCCAAUGUUCCGGAGCUACUUUUUGAAUAUUUUGAAUCUGAACAACCUCGACAAAGACAACCAUUCUAUGAAAAAAUUCAGGAGCUGGCUAGUGGUGAUGGGUCUUCACAGUGGAAAGCAUAUGGAGAUCCAACUAGUUUGACCUCAGUAAAUCUUCAUGAUCUGCGUCCUACAUCCUGGUGAGUAA